AUGCACAGCCUGCCGACCCGACCCGGGACCAAAGCCGAGCCAACUGAAUUUGGACUCCUGUGGUCUUCCGAUCCGGCUUCAGCUCCAAGCCAGAUCUCACCCAUCCCGUUUCCCGAGACACUGCAAUCCCAAAACUCAGUAGGAAUGGUCGAACGUCCAAGCGAUGAACCGUCUGAACCUGAUAAAAGACCAAAGGAGCAACCACCAGAGCUCAUAACCCAAGCAGAUUUGGUGAUCCAGGAAUUCGUACGAUUGGCCGACGAGUACGAUUUCGCCUCACCAGCUGAUACUCCUGUGGAUGUCUCUAUUGAAGGAUUGAGGUCCAAGAAAGAUCUCUUAACUCGUUUGGACUCAAGCCUUCUACCUCAACUCCAACAUCAAUGCGCCAGUCUUUCUGGAUUGUUGCGCGAGCCAAACCAUUUGCAGAACAACCCAGCCUCAACGCUCAAGCUCAUCUCAGAGAUGCAGGCCAAUAUUCAUCUGACUUUGCGCCAAAUGACCCAGACGCUCAAUGAAAUUUUUCCUGGAAAAAUCCCCGACCCUUAUCAGACAAAUGACCAGCGCUUCAACGAAUUGAAGAUCUAUAGACUCCACAGUUUUGAAAAUUCUCUCAGAAACACCAUCAACUCUCGGCUCGGAUUCCUAUUUCUAGAUUCAAUCAGGAUUAUUGAAAAUUUCAAGCUCUCAACAGCUUGGAGAAGUAAUUCAGUCGAGCUUGCAUAUUUGCUUUUAGACGAGAAGAUAGAACUAGCCAUCAAUUAUCUGAAAGGAUCCGAACUAAAGCUGAUAUGGGACCUUUGGAGUCGUGGGAUCGGAAAGGUGAACAAUGGAUUGAAAGCACUAUUAUGGGUGACGAAUCCGAACGAAAGUGACUUGAGUCAACCAGCUAUCAAACUCGGCCGAUCAAUCCUCCCAAUCUUCAAACUAUCCAGACUGUUUUUCAAGAAAUUGUAUCGACAGAAUAUCCAGAAGGAAGACGUAGGAUUAUUCACAGAUAUGUGCUCUAAUCAAUUGGUUUCUUUACACGUAUCAAUCGACGACAUCCAAGAAUCGAUUUCGAAUAUGUGUAUGUCUAUAACUGAUGCUGAUCAACCUAUUCCUGGCAAUACUGGUCCGGCCAUCUUCCAAGAAAUCAAUAAACUCAUCGACUUAUUCCAAUCUCAUCUCUCGUUUAUCUACCUCUAUGUUCUUCCUAAUGUGUUCCCAAACCCCAUCGAUUUCUCUCAUCAAAUCUACUUCCAAAACUGGUUUCUUAUGUGGACUACCUCGUUUCAUCUAGCCACUCAUAAUGCUAUCCAAGCUACUCGAUCAUUUGCAGAUCGUAUUUGAGAGCUUUAAUCAUGAUAUCAUACACCAAGUUGUUGUUGCUGUGAACUAUCAAAAUUUCUUUGGAUUGAUUAAUAUUUCUCGUUUUCUUACAAAUGGACAGAGCAUUGUCUCAAGUGUGGUGUUUUCAUGAACAGUGAAGAAUAGGUCGGACCGCUAAAUUUACUGAAAGAAUUAAUGAGA